UAGCUUAAGUUCUUGUUUUCAGACAAAUCUACCUAUCUUCAAAUUGAAAGAAUCUACAGUCAGAAGACGAUACAGUGACUUUGAAUGGCUAAGGAAUGAACUAGAAAGAGAAAGCAAGGUUGUGGUACCACCUCUACCAGGGAAAGCACUUCUCCGUCAGCUCCCCUUCCGAGGAGAUGAUGGCAUAUUUGAUGAUUCCUUUAUAGAGGAAAGGAAGCAGGCUCUGGAACAAUUCAUAAACAAGGUUGCAGGCCACCCACUGGCACAGAAUGAGCGCUGUCUUCACAUGUUUUUACAAGAUGAAGUAAUAGACAAAAACUACACACCAUCCAAAAUAAGACAUACUUGAGUUCUGAAACCAUCUUCUCACUUUAGUGGUUCUUAUGUUUGGUUUUAAGAGGCUAUAGUUUGUCUUGGCAUGCUGAGGAUAAACAGGCACGAAAUCUCCAUUAACAUGAGUACACUGCUUGGGCUUUGCAUAUGCUUUAUAGCAUUAAAGAACUCACUUGUCUUCUAGCUAAAUCCCUCUGAAUCCUUGAUUUAAGAGUAUUGUACUAUGAAACCAUCCACCCCUUGCAAUGUCUCACAAACCCUUCCACUCUUAUUUGCAAUGACUUAACAAUGUUUACUGACUUGGCCUUACUUGAACUUGCACAGUUGUAGUGUCACGUGUUCACUUGUAUUUCACUAAACUGCUAUGCUGUUUGAGGUAGUCAUCUGUCUGAACUUCUGUAGAAAGACUGCUCUAUUUCUGAUACCAUGUGUGAGAAACACUUAUGCAAUUGUCUUCAAGCCUGUAAAACACUUUAUACUGAAGUAAUGAGGGAAUUAUCUUUAUAUUCUGUAAGAAGAAAAAAAAUCAAAUUUAUAUACUAAAGUAACUUGUCUAAAGUUUUGAAAUAAAAGUGAAAAUGCACUUCAAAUAUUUCAUGACUCUUGA